AAAAAGAGGUGUUUGUCAGCAAGGAGAAGAGUGGCCGCCAUUGUUGUUGUUGUUCUCCUUGCUUCGCCGCCUCCAUUUUCCUCUCCUCAGAUAAAUACUGCAACCUGGAUCUCCUCGGCUACUGCAAAAUGGGCGCCAAUGCCUCCCAGCUGGAGAAGGAGAUCGGAGCAGACCAGUUUCCCCCCAAUGAGCACUACAUAGGGCUGGUAAAUUUCGGCAACACAUGCUACAUCAACUCGGUGCUCCAAGCGCUGUACUUCUGCAAGCCGUUCCGUGAGAAGAUCCUGGAGUACAAGGCCAAGAACAAGCGGACGAAGGAGACGCUGCUGGCCUGCCUGGCGGACCUAUUCUACUCCAUCGCCACACAGAAGAAGAAGGUCGGCAGCAUCGCACCAAAGAAGUUCAUCGCCAGGUUCAGGAAGGAGAAUGGUGAGGGGGUGUUAUGUUAUGUUAUGUAUUUAUUUAUUUAUUAUAUUUUUGUGUGUGCGUCAUUGAUAUUUUUUUAUAGAAGUUCAUCGCCAGAGAAGCAGCUGGCGGGGCGCGCGAGUGGCAGGCCAGGGGGCGGGGACGGGGAGCAGCAGGCCGGGGGUGGGGGUCAGCAGGACAGCGGGGGCGGGGGGGGCAACACACAGCAGCAGCAGCAGCAUCAACAGCAGCAGCAGGAGAACACUUGGGUGCACGAGAUCUUCCAGGCUGUGGUGACGAGGGAGCUGCGGUGCCUCAACUGUGAAGCGGUGAGGAGCACAGACGAGGUGCUCAACAACCUGUCCGUGGAGGUGCACCAGAACACCAGCAUCACCCACUGCCUGCGCUGCUUCUUCUCCACCGAGACCAUCAGCGCGGAGAACAAGGUGCUCUGUGAAAACUGCUGCUCGCUGCAGGAACACCAGAAGCGAACGAGAGUCAAGAAGCUGCCGACCAUCCUUGUUCUGCACCUCAAGCGUUUUCAGUUCCUGGGCCAGUACAACCGCACCCUCAAGCUGUCCCACCGCGUUGUGUUCCCCCUUGAGCUGCGGGUCUUCGAUACUAGUUCAGACGCAGUGAACCCCGACCGGCUGUACGACCUGGCGGCGGUGGUGGUGCACUGCGGGACGGGCAUCAACCGCGGCCACUACAUCGCCAUCGUCAAGUCACACCGCUUCUGGCUGCUCUUUGACGACGAUGCGGUGGAUAAAAUCGACCCGUCCGUCAUGGAGGAGUUUUACGGGCUAACGUCGGAGCUGCAGAAGUCCUCCGAGACCGGCUACAUCCUAUUCUACCAGGCCAGGGACCCCACAUAACUUAAGGGUCCUAUGCUAAGACAUCCUACACUAACACUACAACUCCUACUAACACCUCUACUACUACUACUACUACUACUACUGUGUCUUUUCUCCUCGUUCUUCGUCUUCUAUGCUGUUAAAGUCACCACCAAUCUCCUUGCCGUUAGCUUUCUAAACACUGCCACCACCACCACCACCACCACCACCAUUGUUAUUACUGCUACCCCACUCACCACCACCACCACCACCACUACCACUACUACUACUACUACUACCACUACUUUGUUUACGCUCUUCACUACUGCUGCCGUCACCACCGCCAUCACCGCCGCCGCCAGUAGGGGAAAAUAUUGUUAGGCCUGGAUUUUUUUGUGUGUUUUUGUUUUUGAGAGAAUGCAAGUUUACCGUGCCAAGGUUAGGCUUAUUUAUGUUGGUUUAGGGUUAUUUAUAGUUAGAGAGAGCGAGCGAGUGAGAGAGAGAGAGAGUAGAAGGCACAUGUUUAGAGCGAGGGCGAGGAUCAAAACUCUCCGUAGAAAUAGAGAAAAAAAAUAUUAAAAAACGCACUCAAAAAAAAAAGUUAGUUUGGCCAAUUCACUUCAGUUGUUUUUUAGAGAGAAGUGAAGUAAAAAAAAAAAUACCAUAGCAUAAUAAUUUUGUUCAGGAAAAAUACAUGUAUUAUUAACUCAGGUCGCGUUCAAAGCCGUGGAGUGAACUUUUGAUGUAUCGGGGGAGUUAGAACUUAAGGUUUAGGCUCGACUUCGAUUUACUAAAAAAAAAAAUCCGUGCUCAACCGAAAAUUAAAAAAAAAUGUGGAAAUGUAUUAAUUUGAGGUGAAGCAAAGUGUAUGAAAAACAAAUGCAUACUUGCUCAAUUAGAAACGCAAGACUGGAACUUUCUUGGGUCAGUCGUAAAGAGGAAAAAAUUAUAAUGUAGGAUAAGCGUAAAAUUCAGCCUAUUGAUAUUUUACGCUGGAUAGAAAAAAAAUUGUUGUGUAGCGUAAUCGUAAAAUUCCGUCUAUUAGAAUUUUACGCUCAAUAGAUAAAAGGUGGAAAAAUUAUAAUAUAGGAAAGUCAUAAAAUUCAGACUAUUCAAAUUUGACACUAGAUAGAAAAAAAGUGAAAAAAAUUAACAGUAAAGUUGUAAAAGUGAUACCAUUCAAAUUUUACAGUGAAUAGUAACAGAAGGUGGGAAAAUUACAAUGUAAAAAAGUCAUAAAAUUGAUACUAUUCAAAUUUUACAGUGAAUAGAAAAACAAGAUGGAAAAUAAAAUAAUGUAGGAAAGUCAUAAAAGUCAGACUAUUAGAAUUUGACACCAGAUAGAAAAAAAAGGGAAAAAAUUAACGCAGAAAAAUCACAAAAUUCAAACUAUUCAAAUUUUACACUAGAGAGAAAAUAAAAAUGAAAAAAAUUAAUGCAGAAAAAUCACAAAUAUUCAGUCUAUUAAAAUUUUACACUAGAUAGAAAAUAAAAAGUGGAAAAAAAUUAACGUAGAAAAAUCGCAAAAUUCAAACUAUUCAAAUUUAACACUAGAGAGAAAAUAACAAGUGGAAAAAAAUUAACGUAGAAAAAUCACAAAAUUCAGACUAUUCAAAUUUUACACUAGAUAGAAAAUAAAAAGUGGAAAAAAUUAACGCAGAAAAAUCGCAAAAUUCAGUCUAUUCAAAUUUUACACUAGAGAGAAAAUAAAAAUGAAAAAAAUUAAUGCAGAAAAAUCACAAAUAUUCAGUCUAUUAAAAUUUUACACUAAAUAGAAAAUAAAAAGUGGGAAAAAAUUAACGCAGAAAAAUCGCAAAAUUCAGACUAUUAAAAUUUUACACGAGAGAAAAUAAAAAUGAAAAAAAUUAAUGCAGAAAAAUUGCAAAAUUCAGACUGUUAAAAUUUAACACUAGAUAGAAAACAGAAAGUGGGAAAAAAUUAACGCAGAAAAAUCACAAAUAUUCAGUCUAUUAAAAUUUUACACUAGAUAGAAAAUAAAAAUGAAAAAAAUUAAUGCAGAAAAAUCACAAAUAUUCAGUCUGUUAAAAUUUUACACUAGAUAGAAAAUAAAAAGUGGAAAAUAUUGACACAGAAAAAAUCGCAAAAUUCACACUAUCAAACCCUUACCAAAAAAUCAAUCGAAAAUACAAAAAAAAUCAGAACCCAUUGAAAAAUUAUUGAAACAUCACUCUGCUCACCCGGAAAGGAAGGGACGGAACGCAUUAACCAAAAAGACAAAUGUAAAUAUGAAUCACCCAUUGAAGGCUCGGCAAAGGGAGUGGUGCGAGUCUGGCGUCCAUAGAGAGGGUAAUGAUGAUGAUGAUGAUACAGUCAGCUCAGUCCAGCGGAAGUGUGGUGAGGGAACGUAGGCUCGGCCGAGGCUUGUGGGUCACCAUAAGGACACUCACCACCACUAUGACACCACCACCACCACCACCACCAUAAGAAAAACAGAACAUUCAUCACCACCACUAAAAACACACCACCACCACAACCACAGGAACAAGAAGUCACCAUCACCACCACCACCACGAGAAAUACAAGAACAUUCACCACCACCACCACCACAAGAAAUACAAGAACAUUCACCACCACCACCACCACAAGAAAUACAAGAACAUUCACCACCACCACCACCACAAGAAAUACAAGAACAUUCACCACCACCACAAGAAAUACAAGAACAUUCACCACCACCACAAGAAAUACAAGAACAUUCACCACCACCACAAGAAAUACAAGAACAUUCACCACCACCACAAGAAAUACAAGAACAUUCACCACCACCACAAGAAAUACAAGAACAUUCACCACCACCACAAGAAAUACAAGAACAUUCACCACCACCACGAGAAAUACAAUUCAUCACCACCAC